GGCCAACCUAGCAGAAGUCAAAAUAAAAAUACACGAGCUUAGAAUUGCGUUUGGCAAGAAAUGCAAAGCAAAGAGAGGAAAAACGAGAAAACAGACACAGAGGCAAUGAACAAAACCAUUACUACACUGACAUCUGAAAGUAUCCUGGCUGCUGAGCAGUUCAUCCUUGUUCAGCCUGUAUCAAACAGCAGCAUAGAGGAGGGAGCCUGUGGACAACCUGACGAAGUGGACAUGUCGCCUGACACACCGAGUGCUCACCAGGCGAGCGGGGCUGCAAGUGCAGAAAGCACCCAGAGUGGUGGAAGCUUGCGCACAGUUGAUGUGUCCAAAGUUGUACGCAGCCUCUUGAACUGCACUUUGGGCCAGUCACAUUUGAGCCAGCAAGAUUGCACGCUGCAGGCUCCUUCAAAAAACACAGUAUUAGAUGAAGUGCAAACUGAGUCUGCCAUUGAAGACUCUGCUGUCGUGGUGGGUGUUCUAGCAGCACCUUUUGAGGUGUUCUCUGAGCCCACCGAGACAGGAGUGCUUGCCUGUGGUGCACCUCUGCCACCAAACGAUGAUGCUCCUGAAGAGGGUGACAACGAUGAGAACCGGCUGCCAGGAGAUUGUAGCCCGCCAGAGGUUUCUGUGAAGACAAAGUCACUUCAGCACAGGGUGCCCUUCGCCGAACUGCCCAUGGAUGAGGAUGAAGCUUCAGAGGAUGAGGAAGAUGACAUUGGAGUUCGACCCACUGAUGAUGAUAACUUCACCUAUGCACCAUCCAAAAGUUUCGUCCUCAAGGUAACCUCGACACCCUGCGCAACUGACCGCACAGUGCCCAAGGUGGGUGAGGACUUCACGGUGGGUGGUUUGACUGCCCUUGUCCAGGAUGUUGCCAUCAGCGAUCCUACAGACACUGCUGCACCCCUUGGCACUCGCCGAUUCCCCGUUGCGGCUGCUGUGGACUUGAGCACUAUCUACGAGUGCAGCAAGGAAGGCAAAUCGAGCAGCAACAGUGAAGGCAGCACCUGUUCAAGCAGCUCCUCAUCCCACCUUUUGGCGGCUGGGUCCACACUCAGUGUGGACCCAGCCCGACUACAGGUGCUACAGCCCGACUCCGCACAGGUGGCACCCUCCGUGCUGUUCAGGAGGAACCCGACAACGAUGGUGGUGUCUCCUUGCCGCAGAAGAGCGACCAACGAAAGCUGUUUGGAGACCCCUGCAAAGCGUCCAGUGCUCAAGGGGGAUGCCCAGAUCACUCUGGGGGACCAUGAAGUGAAGAUGCUUCGCCACCUGGCAUCAGGUGCUUAUGCACGAGUCUAUCUGGCCCAGAUGGUGAAAAUUGAAGAGACCUAUUUGGAUGAUGAUGAAAGCUUUGAAUCACCUUCUCAGGUGAAGGUUGUGCUAAAAGUAGACGACAACAAUGGAAAUGCCUGCUGGGAGUCCUACAUAUGCUGUGAACUGCACCGGCACCUCAGCGAGACCUCUGGAGCAUUCACAAAGUGUGUGGUAGACCUGCAGCUGGCCUGCUUCUUUAGCAAUGAUGCCAUCUCGGUGUUCCCCUACAGCCCCCAUGGCACUCUAUUAGAUCUGGUGACCCAGUUCGAAAAGCAUUGUCGCAGCUCCGUACCCGAGUGCUUGGUGCUCUAUUUUGCCCUCGAGUUCAUCACCAUCCUGCAACAAGUGCACUUGUGUGGCAUCAUUCACGCAGACAUAAAGCCUGACAACGUCCUCAUCAUAGACCUUCCGAGCAAGGCAGGCUUCCUGGACAGCUUUUCCCCGCAGGGGCGCCUGCAUAUCAUCAUCCUGGACAGCUUUUCCGAGCAGGGCCCCAGCUGCCUGCAGUUGAUUGACUUUGGGCGUGCGAUUGACAUGAGCCAGUUGCCGCCUGGCACGGCAUUCUCCUAUGUGGUCACCACAGAAGGGUUCGUCUGCACCGAGAUGCGAGACAAUCGCCAGUGGACAUUUCAGACUGACUGGGACUGGUUCGGCCUGUUGGGUUGCCUGCACGUGCUCCUCUUUGGGCACUACAUGGAAAUCGAGAAGAGGUUCGACAGCAUUUGGGGUAUCCGAAACAAGUUCAAGAGGUACUGGCAGCAGGAUGUGUGGAACAGACUCUUUUCGAACCUCCUGAACAAUCCCAGCUGCUCGGAGCUGCCCGACCUGAUGCCUUUUGUGCUGGAGAUCAAGAGCCUGCUGCGCUACAAGUCAUGUGCUCACAGUGUCGUCGUGGAAGCCCUGCGCACCAAGAACUUUUAA